UCCUCCUUGAGUUCAGCUGUAAAUACUGGAAUAUUCCCAUCAGUCUACAAGUGAAGACGAGCAUCAGACCAUCAGGAAGAAGAGAAAUCUGCAAAGACAGAGUUUAUUGAAGGACAGUGAGAAGAUGAGUGAUCCAGAACCCUGCAGAAUUAAACAGGAAGAGACUGAAGAACUAAUAGGUGUGAUGGUGAAGGAGGAGAGUGAAGAACUGAAUGAAGAUGAGGAGAAACAUCAUGUCAAAAGUGAAGAAGAAGCUCAAUCAGAGACUGAAGAUAGUAUUUUAAUGGAAAGAACUGCUGUAAAUGGUUUCACCUGCACUCAGUGUGGAAAGAGUUUCAAGAACAAACACCUUCUCAAGCGUCAUGUGAUGAUCCACACCGGAGAGAAACCUUACAAGUGUUCAGACUGCGACAAGAGAUUCAAUGAUUCAGGAAACCUGAAGACACACGAGAGGACUCACACUGGAGAGAGACCGUAUCACUGCACUGCUUGUGGGAAGAGUUUCACACAAUCAUCUUCUCUGCGAACACACACAAAACACAAUCACAACCUGAUGGCGAAGGAGGAGGAGAGCGAAGAACUGAGUGAAGCCGAGAAGGUCAACGUUAGCAUUCACAUAAAGGAGAAAGCUUAUUCAUGUACUGUGUGUGGAAAGAGUUUUAAACAUCAGUCGAGUUUAAGUCAGCAUCAGAUGAUCCACACUGGAGAGAAACCUCACAUGUGUAUGCAGUGUGGGAGGAGUUUUGGACAAUUGUCAAACCUUAUUCAACACAUGCUCAUUCACUCUGGAGAAAAGGCGCACAAAUGUGAUCAGUGCGGCAAACGAUUUUUUAGACACUCACAUUUGAAGAACCAUCAAAGCGUUCAUACAAAGGAGAAGCCUUAUUCGUGCGCUUUAUGUGGAAAGAGUUUUACACGGCAGUCGAGUUUAAGUCUGCAUGAAAAGAUCCACACUGGUGUGAAAGAGCAUGUGUGCUUUGAGUGUGGGAAGACUUUUUUUCAAGCCGGAUAUUUGAAGCGACACCAGAGGAUUCACACUGGAGAGAAACCGUACGCGUGUUCACACUGCGACAAGAGAUUUGUUUGGUCAGAAUGUCUGAAGGUACACGAGAGGACUCACACCAAUGUGAUCAAUGCCGCAAAACGUAUAAAGGUCUGAAGAAACAUCUUCGGGUCGAGGCACCAGGGGCGCCGCUGGCUGCCACGGGCCCUCUGACAAGUGAUCGCU